AUGGCUGCCACGUGUCCCAUUGUGGGAGGACCUGCUCCUACACUAAUCAAAGGUGAGAUGCCAUGCUCAGCUGCUCGAAGAAGCAAUCUUUCUGACAAAGAUCGUGUCUUGUUGAAGACUGUGAAGGGUAUACUCAACCAGCCAACUAUAAAGAAAUUUGAUCUCCUCAAAGGUCAACUGCUAGAUUCAGGGAUAACUAGGGCAGACACCCUAAAGGGCUGUCCUCCCAUAUCAGGGAUACGUCUCUCUUUGUUAUUUUCUUUUUCAAAUUUUCCUUGUCUGCCAUGGAGAUUUGACGUGCUUUUCUCUUCACUCCAGGGUGUUGUCUCCUUGAUAUUUGACAAGGCUAUACUGGAAUCAACCUCCUGCUCGAUGUAUGCCCAACUGUGUUCUGAUCUCAAUGAAAAGCUGCCUUCAUUUCCUUCUGAUAAACCUGGUGGCAAUGAGAUCACGUUCAAGCGUGUUCUAUUGAAUAACUGUCAGCAGGUGUUUGAAGGUGCUGACAAAUUUCGAGAAGAGGCGAGGCAAAUGACAGCCCCUGAGCCGGAGUCGGAACGUAAGGACAAAGAAAGGCUGAUCAAAAUUCGCACGCUUGGCAAUAGUAAGCUUAUUGGAGAGCUUUGGAAGCAAAAGAUGGUCCCUGGAAGAAUUGUUCAUGAGAUUGUUCUGGAACUAUUCGGACAGGAUCCUAAAAGUUGUCCGGAAGAAGAGAAUGUUGAAGCUAUUUGUCAGUUUUUCAACACCCUCGGCAAGCAGCUUGAUGAGAACCAAAAUUCAAGGCUCUUCAAUGAUGUGUACUUUGACCGGUUGAAAGAACUAUCAACAAACCCUCAGUUGUAUCCACGGCUAAGGUUUAUGGUUCGUGAUGUGCUUGAUUUAAGUUCCAAUCACUGGGUCCCUAAGCAGGAAGAGGUUAUUAUUAAUAAGAUGAUUUACAACCACACAAUUUAA